AUGGCUGGCAAGCUGCAGGUGAUGAAGGCGCAGGCGCUGGCGGAGGAAGAGAAGCGCCCUCUUCUCAAGGACAUACACGUGUCGGUGAACCGCCAUGACCCUUCUUCUAGUCCGCUCUCAGGUCUGGGCGACCGGUACCCGUCUCAGGAUGCAACCUGCAUCUCCUCGGCUCUCUUCUCGUGGGUGACGCCGCUCAUGGAACUGGGCAACCAGCGACCACUGGAGCACGACGACCUGUAUCUUCUAGACCCGGCUAACCGUGCGCAUGAGGUGUCCACGGAGUUCCAAGAGGCCUGGAGGAAGCAGUGCAACAAACCCAGUGGCAAGCCCAGCCUAUCCUGGGCGCUGGCAUCCUGUUUCGGUGGCCAGAUCGCCAAGGCUGGUCUGCUAAAGUUGGUCCAUGACUCGCUGCAGUUUGUGGGGCCCAUGUUGAUUAAGGAGAUCAUAGCGUACCUGCAGAACCCUGACGCUCCUCUGAGUGAAGGUCUGAUCUAUGCGGGCAUUGUGUUCGUGUCGGGCGUGAUGCAGUCUUUCCUGUUGAGGAACUACUUCUUCCAUUGCUUUGAGUCUGGUAUGAGAGUGAGAUCUGCUGUUUGCACUGCAGUGUACACCAAGAGCUUAGUGUUGUCUGCCGCGGCGAGACAGAAGAAGACGACAGGAGAGAUCACCAAUCUGAUGAGUAUCGAUGCCCAGAGACUGCAGGAGCUCUCGACGUAUAUCAACAGUGUGUGGUUCUCCAUUUUCCAGAUUGUGGUGGCCUGUUAUUUGCUGUGGAAGCAGAUCGGUCCCGCGACGUUUGCUGGAGUGGCUGUGAUCAUCUUGAUGCUGCCAGUUACGGCGGGGAUUUCGAAGCUUAUGAGACGAUUGCAGCUGAAGUUGAUGGAGGUGAAAGACGAACGUAUCAAGAUUUGCAAUGAAGUGCUGGCGGGAAUGAAGGUGAUCAAGUUGCAGGCGUGGGAGCACUCAUUCACCAAGCGCGUGCUGGAAUACCGAAGCGAGGAGCUCAGCAAGCUGCGCACGUACAUUUAUGCGCGUAGUGGAUCCAUGACACUCUUCUCGGCGAUUCCUUCACUUGUUACAGUGGCGUCGUUCUACACUUACGUUAAACUGGGCAACACGCUGGACGUGGGCACUGCUCUGACAUCGCUGGCGUUGUUCAACAUUCUCCGCUUCCCGUUGUUUAUGCUGCCGCAAGUACUGAACUCGAUUGUUGAGGCAAGUGUGAGUAUUGACCGCUUGAGCUCAUACUUCCAGGAAGAGGAGCGCGAGAAGGUUGGACCAGGCGAUCUCGACGGCGUUGGUGUACGCGUGAACAAUGCUGAUUUCAUGUGGGAUACGGCACCGAAGGUGUCGUCAGCUGCGGGAGCUCCAACGGGAUUAAAGGAAGAGGACAGCUUGUUGCAGGAGGACUCGAUCUUGGACAAGGAAGUUUUGGGAGGUGAUAGCCUUCCCGUUCUGCAGGGUGUGUCACUGGAGGCUCGUCCAGGUGACUUGAUUGCUGUCGUUGGCCAUGUGGGUUCCGGAAAAUCUACGCUUCUCGGUGGAAUUCUGGGUGAUGCUCGUUGCAGCCGCGGUGAUGUUAAUCUACGUGGAUCUGUGGCCUACGUUUCGCAGCAGCCGUUUAUUCAAAACGCUACAGUUCGUGAAAACAUUUGCUUUGGUCUUCCGUUUAGCGAGGCUAAGUAUGCCGAGGCGCUACGCGUCAGCUCAAUGCAAAAGGAUCUGGCUGUGCUCCCUGGAGGAGAUAUGACGGAGAUUGGCGAGAAGGGCAUAAAUCUCAGUGGCGGACAGCGUACUCGCGUGGCUCUUGCUCGCGCUGUAUACCAGGAUGCAGAUAUUUACCUGCUGGACGACAUUUUGUCUGCAGUUGAUAGCCACGUUGGCCAUGACAUCUUCAAGGAGUGCAUCAAGACUUGCCUCAAGGACAAACUCGUGAUUCUUGUUACGCAUGGCUUGACAUUCCUGAGCGAGUGCAACAGAAUUGUGGUGCUGGAAAACGGCGUGAUUGUGGAGAAUGGUACGUAUGAAGACCUCAUGGAGAAGGAUGGUGGACUCCUCAUGGAUCUUGUGGCUAAGUACAAGGACCAAGACGAACAGCAAGACUCUCAAACGAUUGAAGAUGAUAUCUCGGUGGAUGAGUUGGAAGAGGAUGAAGAGGACAACCCGACGCCCGAACGUCUUGCUCGGAGAUUGAGCCGCUCGUCUGUGCGCAGUGAGCGUUCGCUAAGUGAGGUAGGUAUGGAAGCACAGCUGAUGACCGACGAGGAUCGAUCUGUGGGCGAUGUGGCGUGGCAAGUUUACAAGACUUGGAUAAUGGCGUUCGGUGGAAUUUUCGCUGGUCUAGUCGUGAUCAUUAUCUUCAUCGCCACUCAAUGUGUGAACCUGCUGUCCACGUGGUGGCUAUCGUUCUGGUCGGAGCACUCCCAGCCUAAGGACGGUCCUGCGAACAAGGAGUCGGAGAUGUUCUACGUGUACAUCUACAUGGCUCUCAACCUGGCGUACGCCGUGGCGCUGUACAUUCGUGCUAUCACCACUUACAAGGGCGGUCUGCGUGCCAGUAAGUCGCUGUUCCAGAACCUUCUUGCUCGCAUUCUACGUGCUCCAACCUCCUUCUUUGACACGACGCCCACGGGUCGUAUUGUGAACCGAUUGUCCAAGGACGUGUACACCGUUGACGAAAGCAUCCCUGCCACUUGGAGCAUGCUGCUUAAUACGUUUAUUAGUGUAUUGGUGACUCUGGCGACGAUCUCGUAUGUGACGCCGAUCUUCAUGAUCAUUCUGCUGCCUGUGCUGGUUGGAUACUACAUUUCACAGCGGUACUUUAUCAAGUCUUCGCGCGAGCUGCAGCGUUUGGACUCCAUCAGCCGCUCGCCUGUGUUUGCUCUGUUGUCCGAGACGUUGGACGGCUUGCCGACGAUUCGUGCAUACCACGCAGAGACCCAGUUUUCUACGAAGAACGAGGAACUGAUUGACAAAAACCAGCGCGCUUAUUUUCUCAACUUUGCAGUCAACUGCUGGCUUGCUCUUCGCCUCGAGUUUGCCGGUACACUUAUUGCAGCCUUUGCAGCUCUAACCGCUGUGCUAGCACACAGUUCGGACCCAGAGCGCGGAGCAGCUUUCGCUGGGCUUGCAGGUGUCUCGCUUACUUACGCGUUUAGUGUCACCCAGGCGCUCAACUGGUCUGUUCGCAUGCUCAGCCAGCUCCAGACACAGAUGGUGUCAGUGGAGCGUAUCAAGAACUACACGAUCAUGGACACGGAAGCCGAGCUCACAAGUGUUGGCAAGCUUCCUCCCGCUCAGGAAUGGCCCUCUGCUGGAGCUAUCGAGUUCCGCAAUGUGAAUCUGCGCUACCGUCCUGGCCUACCGCGUGUGCUGCGUAACUUGUCUCUGUCGAUCCGCCCUCAGGAGAAGAUUGGUAUUGUGGGUCGUACCGGAGCUGGCAAGUCGAGUCUCGUGGUGGCUCUUAUGCGUCUGGUGGAGUUGGACAGCGGCUCUAUUGUCAUCGACGGACUGGAUAUCAGCACUAUCGGACUGCACGAGCUGCGUAACAAGAUCUCUAUUAUCCCCCAGGACCCCGUUCUCUUCUCAGGUACAGUGCGCAGCAACGUUGAUCCUUUUGACCAGUACACGGACGAGCAGAUCUGGACGUCACUGCGUCGAGCUCACCUCGCGCACGUGGUGUCGGCGUUGGAUGGUCCAGUGGAUGAGAAGGGCUCGAAUUUCAGCGUGGGUGAGCGCCAAUUACUAUGCAUUGCUCGUGCUUUGCUCAAGCGGUCGCGUAUCAUCCUAAUGGACGAGGCGACCGCUUCGAUCGACACGGAGACGGACCGUAAGAUCCAACGCAGCAUCCGCGAGGAGUUCCGUGACUGCACGUGCCUCACGAUUGCCCACCGCAUCAAUACGAUUCUCGACGCAGAUCGCAUCUUGGUCAUGGAGCGUGGUGGGGUUGGAGAAUUUGACACUCCCAAGGCACUGCAGAAGAAACAGGAUGGCUUGUUCAAGGCACUCGUGGAGCACUGGAAGAACGAAGUCCGCAGCCACGACGGAACUUUGAUCUGUUCGCACCCGUCCGGCACAGCCUAUUUAGCGGGGUUCAACAUCGUGGAAACACCAGGGGGCAGCUUUAUGGAUUCAACAUUGACACUACAAAACGCAUAUACCACCGACGACAACACAGCUGGAGGAAGAUCAUCCGAACUAAUAUCUAAAUCUAAACACGCUGCACCGAUUCGAGUUCUUGACCUCCGAGGCAGUCACGUUGACAUGGAUAUCAUGACGCAGCUCAGUCGAGGUCUAUCAACCAAUCGCUUCAUCACAACACUGUCGCUGAGUGGAAAUCAUCUCGAGGAUGCUGCCGUUGCUUUGCUCGCUAGUGCACUGAUGCACAAUGGCUGUUUGCUGGAACUCACGCUCAGCUACAAUGCCAUCGGUGAGAUUGGGUCAACUGCUCUAGCUAAGGCCCUAGCUACAAACUCGCAUCUUCGAGUGCUUGAUUUAAUGCAUAACCGGAUCGGCAGGGACGGUAUCACUCCAUGGCUCGGUGAUACUAUGCGAGCCAACUACGCACUUCGCGAGCUCAAGCUCAGCCAUAAUGCGAUCGGGGAUAAGACAACCAUCGAUCUACUUCAGUCACUGUCACCAAAAGCUCUAACGGAGGAAGAAAAACUCAAAGCGCGACUUUCUAAUCGAAGGCACACGACAAUGUCCGAUGGAUCAGGAGAUUCUCACAAUGAUAGCGGACCGUUCAACUCAACGCUGAGAACGCUGUUGCUAAGCAAUACUGGCAUAUCGGACGAGACUUCAACUCAUCUUGCGCAUAUGCUGAGCCACACGCGAUCUCUGACGUACUUAGACAUCUCCUGCAACAAUUUCACAAGUGAAGGAAACAUGAGCAUUGCUCGCGGUUUACAGCGAAAUGCGUCCAUACGAUACCUGAAUUAUCGUGAAAACAAACUGGAUGAGGUAGCUGCAUUGGCAACAGUGCGUGCUCUUAAGGCUAGUUCUUUUCUGGAGACAGCACUCUUCCAGGACUGCUUAGGAGGAGAAUCGAUAGUGGGGAGUGCGUUGGGUCAGCUCGUAAAAACCACACGCACACUCGUUACUCUCGACUUGAGUCACUGCCCUCUCGAACCUCCUGGAGUUGUAGAGUUCUAUUACGCUCUGGCUGAUAACACCAGCCUUCGCAGUAUCGAUCUGGUCUCAAGUCGGACAGCGCGGCAGGAAUUUUGGCAAAGUCGCUGCAGCAAAACACGACGUUAACCUUUAUCAAUCUAGCCUACAAUGAAAUCACCUUGCGGGGCUGCAAGUUGCUCCGAGAUGGCGUUGCAGGUCGAAGCGAGACGGCAGCUCGACUGGU